AUGGGGCUGCGGUCGGGCGGUGCCGAGGAGCUAACAGGCGCUGCCGAGCUCUUGAAGGCCACCAUCCACGGAGCUGCGCACGGUGCAGCGGCAGGCGGCGGCUCCAGGCAGGUAGUCGCGGCAGCCGUGGCCGCAGCUGUGCGCACGGUUUGGGCGCUGCUGGACGGCGGCGACGCGGCGUGCGCCGAGGAGGACCUCGAGCUCGCCAUGCGUCAGGCCGCCAUGGAGCCGGCUAUGCGCCACCAGAUGCGGGGCGCGCGGCCUUGCGGCAGGGACCGCGCCUUGCGCAACGUCGGCGCGCACGUCGACCUGGGCAAUGGCGUGGAGGUCCUGCAGGAGGCCCUCUCUCGGCCGCAGGGCGCGCAGCGCGGCGGCCGAUGCGCGGCCCGCGCGGCGGACCCGCCCCCAGCGGCAGGCGAGGCAGCUGUGAGCUCGGUGCAGGCCGCGCCCGACUUCGGGCGGGCCGGGGCCAAAUCGGGGGCGCUUGUUGUGCGGGCCCCUGCUGCCGUCGGAGCGGCCGGCGCCGAGGCGGAGGCGGGCGGCAGGCCCCGCGGCCACCGCCGUCGGCGCCGUCGCGCCGAGGCUGCAACGGUGGGCUCUGGGCCGCAGGAGGGCGACGGCAGCGGUUGUAGCCUCAGCACGGUCGGCAGCGAACAGGAGCUGGAGGACGGGCUGAAGGAGAGGCGCCGCGGCCAAGAGCCUGUUGCGAGCCAGCGGGCGGCGGAGCUGGUUGCCACCCCGCUCUCCCCGACGCCCAGGGCCGAGCAGCGCAGCCGCGAGCCGUCCGAGUGCGACGAGGGCGAGCUGCGCGACGUGGACGGGCACGACGACGCCGAGCAGAGGCGGCAGCGCAGCGUGAACUGGGACGACGGCGGGUCGGAGGGAUCCGUGCAGAGCGUGAAGAUCGGGCGCCAGGCCUUGUCCACGGAACGUGUGGUCGCCUGCGUCCUGGCCACGCAGCUUCGGCCCAUCGGGAGCACGGUGUCCAGCUCCUCGGCCUUCCUUUCUCUCGGCGGCUGCGUGAAGAACGCCGCUCGGGUCGUGGAGAUGCUCGAGAAGAGGUUCGGCGUCUCGCUCCCUAGCUCGGCCGAGUCCGACCUGUUGCUCGCUAGGGCGGGUUGGCAGACGGUGCAGGAUAUCGCCGACUGA